CGAUGUCUUGCCCAGGUAUUUAUUUGCGUGAUGGACCGAGAGUAUUGAACCGCGGGUCUUUUGGGCCCUCCGCGUCACUCUCGCGUCAUCUUUAUGGCACUGAUAAAAAGAUUGAAGAAACUUGGACUUCUACGUUUAGUAAGCACUUGGAAAUAUGGCCAGAUUAUUAUUAGGAAAUUAAUGGCACUAGCUUUGUUGCCUCCACACGACGCCCUACAAGCAUACAACUGGAUAGUAACAAAUAUUUCUGACGAUAUUUAUAUUUUAUUGCACGAAUUUAUUUUGUAUUUUUACUAUCAAUGGAUUGUUAAGACUCCACCAACAUUAUGAAGUGUCCACGACCAUGAACAAAGUACGAAUAAUUUUUCAGACAGUUACCAUAAAAAAGCGAAUUUUCGUUCACCUGAUUAUAUGGGACUUUACCGGUAAUAUUAUAAGUAAAAGUGGUGAACAUAAUCAUUUACCGGAUCGUGCUCAUAUUGAUAGCAGAAUAGUUAUUCAUAAAAUGAAGAAAAAAGCACAAAAAUCAAAGGAGCCAACAGGUGUUGUGAUAGCAUCGGAAUUAAAGAAUGUUUCAAAAGUAGUUGCUGCUGAACUUCCUAAUCGGUCUGCAAUGGCACGAAUGUUACAACGUCAACAUAAGCUUCAUGAUAAUUUCCUAGAAAAUCCAUCAUCGUUUGACGAUAUUAAAAUUUCAGCUGAAUAUCAACAAACAUAUGCUGGAAACCAAUUUUUAUACGAAUCUGAAGCUACAAAAAAUAAUCAUUUUUUUAUGUUUACAACAGCAGCUAAUUUAAGUGCUCUUGCUCGGUCAGAUGUAUGGUUUGCUGAUGGUACUUUUUAUACUGUACCAUCAAUAUUCUAUCAGAUUUAUACAAUCCAUGGGCUUAUUAAUGGUGAUGUUGUACCGUUAGUGUACGUGCUUACUACUAAAAAAACGACGAAAACUUACGUUGCAAUAUUCGAGGAAUUAAAACGUUUACGCCCUGAUAUAAAGCCAAUAAUUAUUAAUGCUGAUUUCGAAAUGGCUUUUCAUAAAGCUGUUAAAGGUGUUUAUCCUGAUGCUAUUGUGAAGGGUUGCCUUUUCCAUUUUUGUAAUGCAGUAUGGAAAAAAAUACAAUCAUUAGGGUUGCAAUCUAAAUAUUCUGAUGAUUCUAAAUAUGCCCCUGAAUUAAAAAAAUUAAUGGCGUUGGCCUUUGUGCCUGAAGAAGACGUUGUGAAGGCAUAUGAAAAAUUAAUAGCCAGUAAAUUUUUCGUUGAACAUACGGAUGAGCUUGAAUCGUUAUUGAACUAUUUCGAAAAAACGUGGGUUGGUGAAUUAAAUCGACGUGGUGAAAGACGAUCAGGAAGGUAUAAUGUUAAGAUCUGGAAUCAUUAUUUAUCUGUAAAAAUGAGCUUACCACGAACAAACAAUAGUGUUGAAGGUUGGCAUAAUGGAUUUAAUAAGCGUGCGCAGGCUUCACAUCUUAUAUUUUGGCGUUUUAUUGAAUUAUUUCGGUCCGAGCAAGCAAUAACAGAUAUCAAAUUGGAGCAAUUUGUUGCGGGUGGAGGUGGUCAAAAUCCAACAAGAAAAAAAUAUCCCGAUAAAAAUGAACGAAUUUUAAAAGUUAUUAAUGAAUAUUCCAAUCGUCAUUUAUUAACGUAUUUACGUGGUAUUGCAUACAAUGUGAUUAAUUAA